AUGACAGAAUUGCUUCCUUUACAAGAAGAAUAUAUUAAAAAGUUAAAAUUAAAUGAAUUAAAUGGUAACCGAUCUACAAAAAAAUCGUCAUCUGAUAACGAAUCAUCCAAAAAGGAUCAAGCAACAGGUAAGCCCUCUGGAAUUUUCCUUGAUAAAGAUGGAAAACCGUGUAGAGCCUGUACAGCAUUUAGAGAUUGGACAAAACGAGGGAAAAAGAAAGAAUCAUCACAACACAAUAAUGAAAAGUCAAAAAAGGAAAAUAAACCGAAUAAUAAUGCAACUGGUGGUAUAACAAACAAUAAUUCACAAGAAUUACCUCCAGAUUGUCCACCAGAUUCAGAACAAUUAGGCAGAGCUACAUGGACUUUCUUACAUACGAUGGCUGCUUAUUACCCCGAAGUACCUUCCUCCGAACAACAAAUAAAUAUGCGUAAUUUAUUAUCUGGCUUUUCUCAAUUUUAUCCUUGUUGGUAUUGUGCCGAACAUUUACGUGAAGAAAUGAAAAAAGUUCCACCAAAGGUUGAAAGUAGAUGGGCAUUAGGAAUAUGGUUAUGUGAUAUGCAUAAUAUUGUUAAUGAACGUUUGGGUAAACCAAUUUUUGAUUGUAAUAAAAUUAAUGAGAGGUGGAAGGAUGGUCCUAAAAAUGGUCAAUGUGAUUAA